AUGGAUUCCAGUGGCUCCUUCACCAUUCUGUUGGCCACAACUAUCUCCUGCCUCCUUUAUUUUGUUUUCUUACUGAAGAAGAAGAUCCAUGGCCUCCCGCCAGGGCCCACCCCGCUCCCGUUCAUUGGCAACAUGCUGCAGGUGGAUGUGAAGGAGCUGAUCAAGUCCCUGAGAGAACUCAGCAAGACAUACGGUCCAAUGUACACCUUCCACCUGGGCUCCCGGCCGUGCGUGGUCCUCUCUGGCUACCAGGUGCUCAAGGAGGCUUUGAUUGACAAGGCAGAAGAGUUCAGUGGCCGCGGAGACUUCCCUGCUGUCCAGAUGUGGAGCAAAGGCAAUGGGAUUGUGUACGGCACGGGGGAGUGCUGGCGGCAGCUGCGCCGGUUCGCCAUCACCACCUUCAAGAACUUUGGGAUGGGGAAGCGGUCCAUCGAGGAGCGGAUCAAAGAGGAGGCCCAGUUCCUGAUUGAGGAGUUCCACAGAACCCAAGGUAAGCCCUUUGACCCCACCUUCUUCCUGAGCUGCGCUGGAUCCAACAUCAUCUGCACCCUGGUUUUUGGAAACCGGUUUGAAUACACAGACAAGAAAUUCCUUAUGUUGCAGCACCUCAUCAACAGCAACUGGAAGCUCAUGAGCUCCACCUGGGGGCAGCUGCUCUUCACCUUCCCAGAGAUCAUGAAGCACAUUCCAGGGCCCCAUCGCCAGAUCUACAAGAACUACCUGAAGCUGGCGGAGUUUGUGGGUGAGCGGCUGGAGAUGAACAGGCAAACGCUGGACCCCGUCAACCCGCGGGACUUCAUCGACUGCUUCCUCAUCAAAAUCCAGCAGGAAAAGAACAACCCCAACUCCUACUUCAACGAGGACACCAUGUCCAAGACCACAGUGAACCUCUUCUUUGCGGGAACAGAGACUGUCAGUUCCACCCUGAAAUACGGGCUGCGCAUCCUCCUGAGGCACCCCGAGGUGGAAGAAAAACUCCAUGAGGAAAUUGACCAGGUGAUCGGGGUGAACCGCAGCCCCUGCAUGGAGGACCGGCAGAAGAUGCCCUACACGGACGCUGUCGUCCAUGAGAUCCAGCGCUUUGCUGACAUCGUGCCCAUGGGCGUGCCCCACACAGUCACACGGGACAUUGAAUUCCGUGGAUACUCUCUCCCAAAGGACUUGAACAUCAUCCCUCUGCUGUGCACAUCUCAGUUCGACCCAACGCAGUUCAAGAAUCCAAACACCUUUGACCCGAAUCAUUUCUUGGAUGAGAACGGGAAGUUCAAGAGGAACGACGCCUUUAUGGCCUUCUCAGCAGGAAAGCGGGUGUGCCUGGGAGAAGGCCUGGCCCUCAUGGAGCUCUUCAUCUUCCUCACCACCAUCUUGCAGAACUUCAAGCUGAAGCCCCUGAUGGACCCCGCAGACAUUGACAUCACCCCGGAAUCCACGGGCCUGGGGAGCAUCCCCCGACCCUAUCAGUUCUGCCUCCUCCCCCGGUGA